AGAGAGAGAGAGGGAGAGUGGAGGAGAAGGGGGCGUACACUUUAUUGCCUUUUUUAUGAUGUACGCAUCCAUGGCAGAACAGAGAAGGCCACAGACCACUGCUACACACACAAGCCUACAACAACAAAUAACCCUCCUCAAGUGAUAAGAGAGAAAAAGAAAAAAAGCUUCAACAAACAGGGCACCUCACAGAUAAUGGAAGGUAGAAGAAAGAGGAGGUUCAAGUGUUCUACCGCUUCUUGGACCAAGGGGAAACUCCGAAUUUGAACAAUCUCUCAAAUGGGGUUUUGGGUUUGAUUUUGAUUUCGAUUUUGGUUUUGAUUUUGGGAUUCGAGGUUUCCAUGGCAUGCAAAGAAAAAUGGUGGGUUUCCCUCUAAUUUCCAUUUCCCCUCUUGUUUUGAAACCCUUUGGUUUUGGGUUUUCUUUGGCGUCCUCGUUUUUGGUCCUCUGGGUAUGAGGGGUAUUCCCUUUCAGUUUCAGGGGAAGGGGGAGUUGGAAAUUUCAGCCGCUUUUUCUUCUCCGAUUUGCUCUGGUUUUGCACAGAAGUGGGUUAAGAAAGGAGAACAACAACAACAACAACAACAACAACAACAACUAGAAGCAGAAGAAGAACAAGAAGAAGGUCUUUCUUAUUUUGUUUUGCCCAACAACGAACCCACUUCCGUUCUUCAUAUGAGAAGCCCCAGUCCUCCCACAUCGGCUUCUACUCUCUCUUCUUCCUUUGGGGGCGGCGGUGCUGGUGGUGGCUGUGUUCCUUCAUUUCCGCCGGAGACUCCUUCUGUUGAGCCGCUCAAUGGAGCUGGGGUUGGGACUCCCAUUUUUCCCGGUGGACUAGAGCGAUGUGGUGUUGGAUUAGAAGAUUUGGAGAGUAUGUGGACGGAAUCGGCUGGACCAGAGCAGUCUUUUCUCCGAUGGAUCGCCGGAGAUGUUGUUGAAGAUCCCAGUCUAGGGAUUAAAACUGUUUUGCAAAAUGGGAAUAUCCCCUUUGAUAUGGAUAGCAAUGGCAGUAUGGGAAUUGUCGAUCAGGGUUCCGAAUUUGACCCCGCUGCUGCUGCUGCUGCUGCUGGUAAUGUUCUUUCUAAUAUCAAUCCUAAUUUAUCGUUUCCUGUUGCUGCUGCUUGUACUGGGUUUUCUGAUGUUAAUGGUAGUAAUAAUAAGCCUUUUAGUAGAACAACUUACAAGAGUUCUUGUUUGGGGUUGAACAAUCGCCAUGGAAAUUUCAAUGUUCAGAACCCUAUCUUUUCUGGGUCUGUUGAGAAUCUUGUUGUUCCUGUUUCUGCCAUGAUUUAUCCUCCGCAGCUUCCGCCAUUUGAGGCCCUUGAUGAGAAGCCUCAGAAUUUGAAUGCUCAGGUUUUGUUGAACCAACAUCAGCAGCACCCUCAGAAUCCUAGUUUUUUUGGGCCAUUGGCAUUUGGUCAAACGGAACAGCAGCUUCAGCCUCAACUGAAGAGGCACAAUUCGAGUGGAGGGGUCGACCCAAACGGGGCGAUCCCGAAAGUUCCGUUUAUGGAUCCAGGGAAUGAAAUGUUUCUGAGGAAUCAUCAGCAGGUGCUGCAGCAGCAGCAGCACCAGCAGCAGCUUGGAUAUCCAUUGGGUUUGCAGUUUCUUCCUCAGCAGAAGGCAAUGUCGCCGAAGCCGAAAGUUAUAGGGCUCAGCGACGACGAAAUGGCAUAUCAGAAUCCCCCACAGCAGCAACAGCAACAUGCUUUGCUGGACCAGCUCUACAAGGCAGCAGAACUGGUUGGGACAGGGAAUUUCUCACACGCGCAAGGGAUAUUGGCGCGGCUCAAUCACCAGCUCUCACCUGUUGGAAAGCCCCUUCAAAGGGCUGCUUUCUACUUCAAGGAGGCUCUUCAAUUGCUUCUCCUUAUGAACAAUCCUGUUAAUCCUCCUCCACCUCGCUGCCCGACACCGUGUGAUGUGAUCUUCAAGAUGGGUGCUUACAAGGUGUUUUCGGAGAUCUCACCACUUAUUCAGUUUGUGAAUUUCACCUGUAACCAGGCACUACUUGAGGCCCUCGAUGAUGUCGAUCAAAUUCACAUUGUUGAUUUCGAUAUCGGUUUUGGAGCUCAAUGGGCCUCUUUUAUGCAGGAAUUGUCCUUGAGGAACCAGGGUGCUCCAUCACUAAAAAUCACUGCUUUUGCCUCUCCCUCCACACACUAUCCCAUUGAACUCGGGCUCAUGCGCGAUAAUCUCACUCAAUUUGCUAAUGACAUUGGAAUAAGUUUCGAGUUCGAAGUGGUGAACUUUGAUUCUUUGAACCAAAACUCCUUCUCCUUGCCGUUUUCUCGUGCAAGCGAAAACGAGGCUAUUGCAGUAAACUUCCCUCUAUGGUCCUCAUCAAAUCAACCAGCAAUGCUUCCGUCUCUCCUCCGUUUCAUCAAGCAACUCUCACCAAAAAUCGUGGUAUCACUGGAUCGAGGGUGUGAUCGAAGUGACCUUCCAUUUCCUCAGCAUAUGCUUCAGGCACUUCAAUCCUACAUUAACCUCCUGGAAUCUCUGGAUGCUAUCAAUAUGAAUUCGGAUGCAAUCAACAAGAUCGAGAGGUUUCUUUUGCAACCAAGAAUCGAAAGCACUGUUCUGGGGCGGCUUCGAGUACCUCAAAGAAUGCCCCUAUGGAAGACACUUUUCGCCUCAGCUGGGUACACACCAGUAACAUUCAGCAACUUUACCGAAACUCAAGCCGAAUGUGUAGCAAAGAGAACUUCUGUGAGGGGAUUUCAUGUCGAGAAACGCCAGGCUUCCCUUGUUUUUUGCUGGCAGCGUCGGGAGCUCAUAUCUGCUUCAGCUUGGAGGUGUUGAAAAGGGGAGAUUGGGGUUCUUAGCAACUCUUAUUAUGCAGAGGUUCCAUUUUAUCUACUCUUAUAAUUAAUCAUCAAUAAUAUUGAACUGUUUUGUGGUAUCUCUUAAGCAGCUUAACUUUCAUUCUUGCAACAUUUUCUGCACUUCAUUCAUUUAAGUUCAGACAGAUUAGCUUCCUUAGUGUAACUACAAAUCUAACUACAACCAUGUUAGUAUAUUAUUUCUUCUGCAAAA